GUGAGCGGCGGCGAGGCGGGUGCGGGGGGUCCGCCUCCUCCUCCUCCUCCUCCGGGCGCCGCCUCCGCCAGCAUGGGAAGUGAGUCGGCGGGCCGGGAGGGAGCGGGCCGGGGGCCGGAGGGGGGCGUCCUGGCCGGCGGCUUCUGGUCCUGCUGGGCUGCCUGGGGGGGGCGGGCGAGGGGGGGCAGCGGCGGGGCGAGAGGAGCCCCUUCUGGGCCCGGCAGGCCCCCCCCCCCCGCAGGGCUCCGAAGCGGAAAUGCAAAAGGGGCCAAAGGGGAAACGGCAGGAUUUGCUUUAACGGGGCAAGAAUGAGCGAGGCAACAGCGGAGCAUCGUGGAGUUGGAAGGGACCCCAGGGGGCAUCUAUGCAGGAAUGUCAGCUAAAUCAUGCUGGACAGGGGGACCUUUAGCCUCUGCUUAGAAAUCUCCAAGGAAGAAGAGUCAACCACCACUUCUGAAAGUCUUCUCUACCGACCAACAGCUCUUGCUGCCAGAAAAUUCUUCUUGAUGUUUAGUCAGAAUCUCUUCUUGUAACUUGAAUCUAUUGUUUUGGAUUCUAGACUCGAGUCUGGAGCAAGAGAAAACAAGCUUGCUCCAUCUUCCAUGUGACAGCCCUUUAGAUAUUUGAAGAUGCAUGUCAUAUACAAUACAUUGUGAAACACCCUGAGAUCUAUGGCUAUAGGGUGGUCUACAAAUUUAAUAAAUUAUCUUCUUCAUAUGCAUCUCAAGUGGAAAAGAAAUGUUUUAGCUCACAAAUCAUUUUGAACCAUCUUGCAAAUUGUGAUGUUAAUCUUACAGAUUGUGAUGUUUCAAUUAUUUCAUAUUAUUUAUUUCUUAAAAUUUAUACAAGGCUUGAUUCUGAACAACCUCUAAGCAGUUUACAAAAAGAAUUAAAUAAAAUCAUUGGUAAAAACAGCUGAAAAUGACUAAAAUAUUACAAAAAAUUAAAAUCAGUGAUAAACUAAUAACAGGUUAAAACACAACAACGUCCUACAUAUCUAGGUAGGCUUAUCUAAACAAAAAUGUUUUAGCAGGCACUGAAAAGAGUACAAUGAAGUCAUUUGCCUGAUGUUAAGAGACAGGGAGUGUCAAAGUUUUGGUGCUGCCACACUAAAAGAUUGUUUCUUAUAAAUGCAGAACAAAUACUAUUAUGUGGCAGCAGUAACAGUACAAGUUCUGCAGAUUGAAGUGAUGAAGUGGGCAUAUUUUGGGUCAGGUGAUUUCUCCGGUAAAGUGAUGCCAAGUUGUUCAGGGCUUUAUAUGCUAACAGUAACACCUUGAACUUGGCCUGGUAGCAAACUGGCAACUAGUGGAGAUCUCUGAGUUACAGGUGUUCCAUGCUGAUGGGGUCUCACUCCUGUCAGCAGUAGUGCUGCAAUAUUCUGCACUGACUGCAGCUUCCAGAUCAAGCGCAAGGCAAGCCCCACAUAAAGCGCCUUGCAGUAAUCCAGUCUUGAUGUAACCAGUGCAUGAAUUGCUGUGGCUGAUCUUUCCUGGUCCAGGAAUGAUCCUACCAGUCAAUGCUAGUAAAAAAUGCUUCUAGCCACAGAGGCCGGUGACAAAGAUGGAUCCAGAAGCGCACACACACACACACACCCUGCUGUGAACCUGCUCCUAGGAAAGGGCAGCCCCAUCCAGGGUAGACAAUGGACUACUUUCUCAAUCAGAUGUUUUGAACUACAACUCCCAUCAGCUGAUGGUAGUACAAAACAACUACAGGGCAUCAGGCUGGCAAAAACUGCUCACCUUUGCUUAGAUCAGGGGUGGGAAACUGGAUCCAGCUCAGAAGACGGAUGGAUCCUUACCUCCCUCAUCCCAACUUUGAGAGAUGAGAAAGAUUAGGUCACUCUUAAGUCCUUUUGAGUUCAAUGGGGGAAAGUUAAGUAUAUGCUUAAUUCUCCCACUGUGACCAGCAGCCUGUUCGUGUGUGUGUGUGUGUGUGUGUGUGUGUGUGUGUGUUUGUUUGGAAGUAAGUUAUAUUGAAUUCAGUUAAAUGCACUCACAAAUUAGCAUACAAAGGAUUUGAGUUUUCACUUUUUAAAAAGUGUGUAACCUAGUUUGUGGCCAAAGUUCUAUUUCACUAAUAUAUAAGAUAGAGCUGAUGAAAAUAGGGAUUCUAUCCCAUCCCGUCCCCCCAUCAAACCAGGGCAUAUAUUUGCAGUCGGGAACAUACACUAGUAUGAUAAAUUGAAAUGUUUUCUUGGACUGGUCAAAACCUACAUUUUGCUGUUUUAAUAUUUCUCUUCUUUAACAGUCAAAUUUCUAGAAGUUAUUAAGCCAUUCUGUGCUGUUCUUCCGGAAAUCCAGAAGCCAGAAAGAAAAGUAAGUGCACAUCAUGGUGCCUCUUAUUUGUGCAAUGUUGAUCAAAUGCAUUUUGAAUUAACACAGUGGGGUUUCUUUGAGUAAACAUGCUUGAGAUCAUGUAGUUUCUUUAGGCUAUGUACUACCUAUUUAGGUUUUUCUGGCUCUUCGGAAUACUGUAUAUAGGCCUUUAGUUUGGGGAUGCAAGUUGUGUUCUUCAAAAAUCUAAAUAUGUAAAAAUCCCUCUACGCUGAAGUGAUUGUUUAGGUGCUGACAUGUUCCAUUGAUGUAGCCCUAUGCUUACUUUGGUCUAGUUACACGGAGCACAAUCUAGCAAACAUUGGUCACAACCAACAGAGCAGUCCCAACCCACAGACCUCCAUACUGGAGGUGGUUGGGAUGAGGUUGAGGUGUCCCUCUUCCAAACCCUACUCAGCUCUGCCAGCUAGGGAGCACUGCUCCCAAACAGAGAUGCAAUGCCCCUGCUCUAGCCAGGGUGGGGAGAGAAGCCACUCUGUGGGCACAAGCUACAGGAUCCUGAGCUGGGCUUGCUGUUGUCCCGUGACUACAACGGGCUUCUUCUGAGCCUCUUCACUGUGCCAUUUUGGGACCUGGUAUGUCAAAGAAGCAUUUAUCAUAGAAUCAUAGAGUUGGAAGAGACCACAAGGGCCAUCGAGUCCAACCCCCUGCCAAGCAGGAAACACCAUCAGAGCACUCCUGACAUAUGGUUGUCAAGCCUCUGUUUAAAGACCUCCAAAGAAGGAGACUCCACCACACUCCUUGGCAGCAAAUUCCACUGUCGAACAGCUCUUACUGUCAGGAAGUUCUUCCUAAUGUUUAGGUGGAAUCUUCUUUCUUGUAGUUUGGAUCCAUUGCUCCGUGUCCGCUUCUCUGGAGCAGCAGAAAACAACCUUUCUCCCUCCUCUAUGUGACAGCCUUUUAUAUAUUUGAACAUGGCUAUCAUAUCACCCCUUAACCUCCUCUUCUCCAGGCUAAACAUGCCCAGCUCCCUUAGCCGUUCCGCAUAAGGCAUCGUUUCCAGGCCUUUGACCAUUUUGGUUGCCCUCCUCUGGACACGUUCCAGUUUGUCAGUGUCCUUCUUGAACUGUGGUGCCCAGAACUGGACACAGUACUCCAGGUGAGGUCUGACCAGAGCAGAAUACAGUGGCACUAUUACUUCCCUUGAUCUAGAUGCUAUACUCCUAUUGAUGCAGCCCAGAAUUGCAUUGGCUUUUUAGCUGCCGCGUCACACUGUUGGCUCAUGUCAAGUUUGUGGUCAACCAAGACUCCUAGAUCCUUUUCACAUGUACUGCUCUCAAGCCAGGUGUCCCCAUCUUGUAUUUGUGCCUCUCAUUUUUUUGCCCAAGUGCAAUACUUUACAUUUCUCCCUGUUAAAAUUCAUCUUGUUUGUUUUGGCCCAGUUCUCUAAUCUGUCAAGGUCGUUUUGAAGUGUGAUCCUGUCCUCUGGGGUUUUAACCACCCCUUCCAGUUUGGUGUCAUUUGCAAAUUUGAUCAGGAUGCCCUUGAGUCCAUCAUCCAAGUCGUUGAUAAAGAUGUUGAAUAAGACCGGGCCCAAGACAGAACCCUGUAGCACCCCACUAGUCACUCUUCUCCAGGAUGAAGAGGAAGCAUUGAUGACCACCGUUUGGGUUCGGUCAGUCAGCCAGUUACAGAUCCACUGAGGGGUAGCAUAGUGAAGACCGCAUUUUACCAGCUUCUUUACAAGAAUAUCAUGGGGCACCUUGUCAAAUGCCUUGCUGAAAUCAAGGUAGGCUACAUCCACUGUGUUCCCUUCAUCUACCAGGCUUGUAAUUCUGUCAAAAAACGAGAUCAGGUUAGUCUGACAUGACUUAUUUUUCAGAAAUCCAUGCUGACUAUUGGUGAUCACAGCAUUCCUUUCUAGGUGCUCGCAGACUGUUUGCUUAAUGAUCUGCUCCAGAAUCUUCCCUGGUAUUGAUGUCAGACUGACUGGGCGGUAAUUAUUUGGGUCCUCUCUUUUCCCCUUUUUGAAAAUAGGGACAACAUUUGCCCUCCUCCAGUCUGCCGGGACUUCACCUGUUCUCCAGGAAUUCUCAAAGAUGACUGCCAGUGGUUCUGAGAUCACAUCUGCCAGUUCUUUUAAUACUCUUGGAUGCAAUUCAUCUGGCCCUGGAGACUUGAAUACAUCUAAACUAGCCAAGUAUUCUUGUACUAUCUCCUUAGUUAUUCUGGGCUGUGUUUCCUCUGCUGAAUCAUUUGCUCCAAAUUCUUCAGGUCGGGCAUUUAUUCCUGUUCUCCUCACAUUCCACUUUCAUUGGCAUGAGUUGCAGGACUGUGGAUGCCCCCUGGCUCAAGCCUCAUCAUAGCUGACUUGGGGGUUUUGAUUACAGCCCAAGUCUGCAACCCUAUACAUACUUAGCUGAGAGUAAGCCCCAUUGAACUUAAUGGGCAUGACUUCUGAGUAGAUAUGCCUACCUAGAUUGCAGCCCAAUGAGUCCAGUGGAAUAAGCAUUUUACUUUGCCCCUUAAGUAAGAACUUAAGGGUCAGAUGUAUUGUUGUUGUACAACAGGACGUGCAAACUGUUUGUGCUUCCUGUUCCUUUGCCACUUUGGAAGGACAGACAUUGUCUCUCCUCAGUAUUGGAGAUAUGCAAGUUAGCUCCCAUGUCAGAGCUUGUACAUACCUUCUGGACUGGCGAAAUGUGAAUACUGUAUACCCCUGAUAGUAUAGCCUUGUAAUCAAGCCCAUGGAGGUUACUAAGCCACAGAACAUAUGGACUGACCUCUUGGGGGCUGGCAGAGGACAGAUGGAGAGCUGUGUCCUUCUGUGCUGGACAGACAUAUGGAGGGACUACCCUGGUUACUUGCAUGCCAGUGUCUAAAUACAAGUCUGCCUUAAAUUGCCAGUUAAAGCGGCUUUAUUGUAUGUUCGUUAUACUAUUGGCCUUCCCAUUAUACUAUUGGCCUGCCAGACUUCUCUUUUUCCCCUUUUCUUUCUUUUUCAUUGUGUUCUGCAGAUUCAGUUCAGAGAAAAGGUUUUAUGGACAGCUAUCACCCUCUUCAUUUUUCUAGUAUGCUGCCAGGUAAGUAUCAAUGUGGUAAUAACUGGCACACAUGGCUGGCGACAGUAAGGGUUAUUGCCAUGCAGAAAAAAAGUCCCAGAAGUAAAGCACCCUCUUAGAAACAACCAACAAUUCACAUUUUAAAAGAAAAGAAAAAAGCUCAGGGAAUUAUUCACACAAAGAAUUAUCAUAUUGGCUUGAAAAUAACCUGGGGCUUUUAACAUUCUUUCUGUUGGGGCUGUUUCAGGUCACAAUCCUGUAUCCUCUUACUUGGGAGUAAGUCCUAUUAAGCUCACCUGAGUAGACAUGUAUAGGUUUACAUUGUUUUCAAGCUUUAACCAGCAGCCAUAUGCUUGAGAGAGUCUUGAAGUAAACUGCUGAUUAUUGCAGUAUUAUAUUUGUCUGUGCUCAACAAAUGGAUGAUGGGUGGUGGUGUGGGGGGAGGGGAUUCCCUCAUUUAUAUAUUUUAAGUGUAAUGUUGCUAUGAAUCUUGCAGAUACCAUUGUUUGGAAUAAUGUCCUCCGACUCCGCAGAUCCUUUCUACUGGAUGAGAGUCAUUCUCGCAUCAAACAGAGGUCAGGGUUCUAAUCAUCUCUCCUGCUGUCUUUUCUCUGGCUUUGGUUUACCAUCUGGAGAUGGCUCAUGGUGCAUAUACCGUAUUUUUCCAUGUAUUGGAUGAGGUUUUGUGACUCAAAAAUCACGCCAAAAAGCCAGGGUCAUCCAAUACACGGAUAGUGGCAUGGUGGGGGGGGAGAAGCGGUGCGCCACCAGCCAGCUCUUUGGCAGGAGCGCAAAUUCACCCGAUGCCGCUGCACAUGGGAAGCGCUCCCUGGAUCGUUUCCCACACGUGGCGGCAUCGGGAGGUUGCACUCCUGCAAACCGGAUGGCUGGAGGGAGCGCAACUUCCCCCGCUGCCGCUUCCCAUGGGAAACGAUCUAGGGAGUGUUUCCUGUCUGCAGCUGCGUGGGGGGAGAGGCUCAACAACUUUGGGCCAUCUCCCCUCAUUUUCUUAAAAUUUAGUCCUCCAUAAUGGGGGGGUCCCUUAUACAAGGGGGCGUCUUAUAGAUGGAGAAGUAUGGUAGUUGGGGUCACAUCAAUGAGAAUGUGCAAUUGACAAGCACUCUUUUUAUCUUGAAAUUACAAUUUGCAUUGGUCUUUGGUACUGAGAAGCUAAAUAGUAAGUUUUGUUAGAGUUUGGAAAGUACUUGAUGGGUUUCAAAAUUACUGUAUUUUGGUAUGUGAAUAAUUUUUACCUAUAUUUUGCAAAAUGUUUUUCUCCCUAUCACUGCAGAUCUCUUGGAUACAUGGUCAGCAACUAAUUUUACUUGGAAGACCACUUGCUAUAGCGCGUGCACACACAGAGUGCUUUUUUCUAAAAAAAUGUUUAGGGGUACUCUCAUUUUCCUACUCAUUUUGAAAUACUGCCCCUCAAUGAGGCCAAACUUAGAUUUACAAAAUGUUUAGGGGUAUGCGUACCCCUGUGUCCCCCCAGGAAAAAGCACAGUGUGUACGUAUGUAUGUAUGUAUAUAUACCAUCAGUGCAGGUCUCUUGGAGACAGGGUCAGCAGCUAGUUUUACUUGGAAGACCACUUUUUUGGGGGGGGGGGGGCAUUCUCUUUUCUCUGUUUCUCCAAGUGGGCUCUUGCAAAUCCAGUAGCCAAUGAAGCCACCUGCUGAACCUGUCAACUGGGUGUGUGUAUGUGAUUUAUAUUUCUGAAAGUGCCACAUCUGACUCCCAUUUCUUGUGUAAGAUUUCUGAUUUUAACUAUGUAGUGCAGAGCAAGGAAUUCUCAAAAUGAGGCCAUGGAGAGAAAGAGAUUAUCCAGCCCAUUCCAGAUAAUACGAGCCAUGCUAAAGACACUGUACAGUUGAAUCUUGAUAUUGUCUAGGAGACCUGGAGGGAAGGUAUUUACAGUGGUGCCUCGCAAGACGAAAUUAAUCCGUUCCGCGAGUGUCUUCGUCUAGCGGUUUUUUCAUCUUGCGAAGCAACCCUAUUAGCGGAUUAGCGCUAUUAGCGGUUUAGUGGCUAUUAAAGGCUUAUCGGCUUAGCGGAUUAGCUGCUAAAAGGCUAUUAGCGGCUUAGCGGCUUAGAAAAGGGGGGGGGGAGCGAAAAAAAAUCUCAAGACUCGCAAGACAUUUUCGUCUUGCGAAGCAAGCCCAUAGGGAAAUUCGUCCUGCGAAGCAACUCAAAAAUGGAAAACCCUUUCGACUAGCGGGUUUUCCGUCUUGCGAGGCAUUCGUCUUGCGGGGCACCACUGUAUUUCUAAUUUGUACUAAAUUAAUGUGCUCUCUUGUGCCUUUAAGAGCAGCUAAUGUUGUUUGUGGAAAUACUCUUCCACCCUUAAUACUGUUUAAUACUGCAAGCAUUCUGGAUGCAGUGUUUAAAGCCCAGCACUAUGGUUAGGUAUGUGACCAAUUAUAUUUGAAAGACAAUGCUAGUGGGGAAAUAUGCAGUGAACUGAGACUUUGGAGUAUUUAAGGAAUUGUAAGAAGUCUUUGUAUUAGUUUACACUAUUGUUAAGAGUAUCUUCUCCUUUGCAGGCACGUUGAUGGAGCUAGGUAUCUCUCCCAUUGUGACAUCUGGUUUAAUUAUGCAGUUACUGGCUGGAGCCAAGAUCAUUGAAGUUGGUGACACACCAAAAGACAGAGCCCUUUUUAAUGGCGCUCAGAAGUGUGAGUAUUAAUAACUUUGCCAUAAUGGAAACUUCAUUUUUUCUUAGCUAAUGCUCUAUUGAAUUGUAGUAACCAUUCUGAUGAAUUUGUUGUUGUUUGCUUUAUUUAUAUGUGAUUGUGUCUGAUAGUAUAGUGAUUGUAAUGUUUGUUGAUUUCAGUGCUUUUGUGAUUAUUUUGAGCCGCUUUGCAUUCAACAUUUAUUGUUGGAAAAGCAGAAUAGACAGUUUAAAUCAAAAUCAAAUCAAACUUUACUUAUGUCUGUUAGGUCAUACAAGCAGGGAAUACCUGCCUCUUUUGUUGUUGUUUCAGUGUUUGGAAUGAUAAUUACUAUUGGGCAAGCAAUUGUGUAUGUCAUGACUGGGAUGUAUGGAGAUCCUGCAGAAAUGGGGGCUGGAAUUUGUCUCCUGAUUAUAAUUCAGGUACGCCUUCUGAAUACUCUAAGUAUAGUUAAUAAUUCUUUGUAACUGGUUCUUAUUGUUAAUUUUAAUAUUUCUUGUAAACCGCUUACAGGUUUUAUUACAAUGAAGUGGUAUAUACAUUUUGUUAAAUAAAAAAAUAUUUUUUCAUUAUUAAAAAUAAAUUCAAAUCAACUAUAUGUCCCUCAAUCAGUAUACUAAUAAAGGGAAACAAAACUUCCUUAAAAGUUCUAAUUUAUUUUGUACCUUCUCUCAGAUCACUCACCAAGGUGCUGUACCAGCUAGAUAAUAUUCUAUAAUUAUUUUCUUUGUGCUAUUAAGGGGAUUUGACCAAGGCAUAUGUAAAAACAAAAUGUCAAAUAUUUUCAGAUAUAAGAUCUUUUUUUUAAAAAAAAAAACCUACUUGCACUUCCCAAUGAACAACCAGGAGUCAAUUAACUAUCUUUAUUUUGGAUAAUACACCAUUCUUUGUUUUGACAGUGCUUAGUAGCUCCUCUAAUUUUGGUACUAUUCUUGUUGGUGAGAUUUUCUUUCAAGCAUCUAUGCUAAGAAUUGCAGCAAACAUUUUAGUGAUGAUUCCAGAGGUUUUUGUUACUUCCUUUACUCAACUGGAAUGACAGAAGGAGGAACUGCAACUCUGAUAGCAAAUGUGGCCCACUUUUGAACAACGCAAAUCAGAUAUUAAACCACUUUUGUGGAUCUUUUGGUGUUUUUCACCCACAGUUGUUUGUUGCUGGCUUGAUAGUGCUGCUACUAGAUGAGCUCUUGCAGAAAGGUUAUGGCUUGGGCUCUGGGAUUUCCCUCUUUAUUGCUACCAACAUCUGUGAAACCAUUGUCUGGAAGGCUUUCAGUCCUACAACUAUUAACACUGGCAGAGGUAUAGUACACUUUGAAAAUCUGACCUUUUGGCCAAAUGCAUGCUUGUCAGCCGCUUUCUUUAGGUUCAUAUAGUGAGUGACCAUGGAUGUAUGUCGGAGUGGAUGAGAUCUGCUGAUGGGGAAGACAUGGCAUAGUGAAGGCACAACCUUUGCACCAAAUGAACUUUUAUAAGAUCUGAUAUUAGAAUAAUCUCUUCAUAACCACAAACAGCGAAAUGUCCCAGAUCACUGGCUCCCAGUUGGUGGCCUGCGGACCCCAGGGUCCAUGUAACACACCCAGGAGGUCUGUGGCACAUACCCCCAGCUGCCCAGGACACCCGGUAUUGGGGUGCUGUGUUCUCGCACAGGUUGCCUGACACAUGCAGGAGCCCAGAAGAUGCGUGACCCAGUUUUGCUCUGGGACAUGUUGGAGGAUAUGGUGGCACCAUGCGCAUAAUAAAACUACCACAGAGAUACCAACAUUUUUAAAAGUAGGGGGUCCAUGGCUUGGCUUUUGAAAAGUGAGGUCCCCAGCACUUAGCUAAUUGGGAAGCGCUGUCUUAGGUCACUGUGCAUGCUUUAUUUUUUGCUGCAAAAGGAUAAGGAGGCAGCAGGUUUUUGAUUAUUAUUUUUUGCAGAGCAGGAGGCAAAAUUGUUCCGGGUUUCUUAACAGACUCUGGCAGACUCGCUGUCCAGAAGGCUGUCUCAUUGUGCUAGCCAUGUCAUCACAUCGUGUCAGAGCAGAAGGUUGCUGUGCAUGUGUGGUGAGGCCUCCCACCACAGUGAAACUUCUGGAGCUUCCCAGAGUCUGGAACAAAAUUCCUUUUGUGAUUUAUGAUCUGUUCAUUUAUGUAAUAUAUGCUGAAUGGAAAUACUGUGGCACAGUUGCUGUUUUCUGAUGAAAGAAUAAUCCCGUAGUUGGGGUAUCUUGGUUGCUGUGCCAAAAGUCUGCCUGGAAAUCUGCAGUACAGAAAUGUUAACUUUAUUUGUUUUAGCCUCUCCAGCUUCAGCUGCAGUCGCGGCCUACCUGUAGAGAAGCAGUGCCCUUUUUGUGAUGAGAGGUUAGCAUCUAGCAUAACUUUUAAAUCCAAAGGGGCAAUCCUAUCAUCACUUGUGCCUAGGUAAGUCCCGCUGACCUCAGUGGGAAUCAUAAACAAUUAAUUCAAUGCAGGAUUGCAACCCAGAUUCUGUAACUGUUCCCUCUCUCUGAGCGAGUUUCUCCCUUCUGAUUUCUGAAUUUUUUAUUUCCUUGGAUUUGCUUCUGCUACUGUGCCACACUAUUUCAUCUUCUGCUUAUCUGCAUUUUCUCUCUAACACUUCUGUUUUCCAGACAACUGAUAGCUGAGGGACACUAUUUUUGUUAAUGGAAGGGGGGGAUAUUCCAUUCUUGCAUACCAAGAGGUUUACUUCUGGCGUGUGCAAAAGAAAGUUAUCUGAGCUCAGAGAAGCCCUGAGUCACUGUUCUGAGCGUGCCUCCUAUUUAGGCAGUCACAUAAAUGAGCAAAUUGCACCCAGUGCCUAGAUGCAGCAGAGUUAUUUGCCCCUGUUGGAGGUUGACUGGAAGAAGGCAACACCAGAAAAGUGAAUUAUGCAGAAGAGACAUAAUUAAUGGAGGCCUUGUUAGUGGGUGGUUCCCUAAACUGGAUGGAAGCAAGGCUGCCUGCUCUCUUGAUGGGGUUGCACUCCCUCUGAAGGAGCAGGUACACAGGUUGGGGGCGCUCUUGGGUUCUCUGCAGUCACUUGAGGCUCAGGUGGCCUCAGUGGCCCGGGGUGCCUUCCGUCAGCUUUGGUUGGUGGCCCAGCUACGCCCCUAUCUGGACAGGGAUAGCCUAACUUCUGUUUUCUGUACUCUGGUAACCUCUUGGUUAGAUUACUGCACAGUGUUAUAUGUGGUGCUGCCUGUGAGGACAGUUUAGAAAUGUCAGCUGGUGUGGAAUUUGGCAGCCAGGUUGCUCACAGGUACAAGAGAGGUUCGGCAUAUUACACUGAUCCUGGCCCGACUGCAGUUGCUGCCAGUUAGUUUCUGGGCCUAAUUCAAAGUGCUGGUUUUGACCUAUAAAGCCAUAAAUGGCUGAGGACUGCAAUAUCUCAAGGACUGUUUCUCCCCAUAUGAACUGACCCAAACCCUGUAAUCAUUAUCUGGGUCCCUUCUUCGUAUGCCUCCUCCUUGAGAGGUCCAGAGGGUGGCAACAUGGGAACGGGCCGCCUCUGCAGUGGCUGCCCAUCUAUGGAACAUCUCUUUAGGCGCCAGGCAAAAACAUACCUCUUCUCUCAGGCCUUCAGCUAAUUAAACAAUCUAUGGUCUUUUAAACAGGGGGCCAUAUAUAUAUUGCAAACUUCCCUGUGAUCCUCAGAUGAAGGGCUUUAUAGAAAUGUAAUAAAUAUUAUUAUUUUUAAAUGCAUCACCCUAAUAAUUCUUUUGGGGCAAAUAUUUUGUAAAUUAUGACUUUACACCAUCACAAUUCAGACAUUGUUAAUUUGCCUAUUAAUCUGAGCUCUCAACAAGCUUUUUGGUCACAAAAACAAACUAGGAAGUCUUCCAUUAGUCAUGUUUCCCAUUUUGAUUGAAUUAGAAAUUAUGGGGAAUAGAUUUGGAAUAGGCUAGAAUAUUACACUAUCAUUUGAAGUUUGCUUAAUACCUUACCUUUACUUGGAGCUCUUAAUCACAGCUUCCUGGCUCAGAGGAAACAGGAAGCUAGAAUUAAUGGGAAACUUCCUGGGGAUUUUUUGCUUUGCCAAAGUGAGGAGCCAAAAGGCUGCAUGCAUGGCCAGACAUCUUGUUCAUACCUCAGCUAAGUAAGUCAAGAUACAGUUGUCCAAAUCUAGUCACUGAGUUGUUGUAACUUUUUGGAUUACAACACCCAAAUUCUAUAAAACAAAAGCAUGAUGUUCUGCAUUAAAAAACAGAAAUGUGUUGUCAUGUUUGAGGUUUUUGUAAUACCUGCAGAAGUUCAACACAAUUUAUUUUAUUUAUAUGCAGUCCUUUUUAGCAUUCUGUUCCUUGUAAGAUUUCAUUCCUUGCAGUUUUUUCUGUGUUAAUUCCAUUUCCAUCUUUUAUUAAAAAUAAUCUUGUUUAUCACCUGGUGAAAUUUAUCACCAGGCUUGUACUGUCUAUAUCUCACAGGGGUUACUGUUUAUUAUUUUUGGUACACACAGGAACUGAAUUUGAAGGUGCCGUCAUUGCGUUGUUCCACCUUUUGGCUACACGAACCGACAAAGUCCGUGCUUUACGAGAGGCUUUCUACCGCCAGAACUUGCCUAAUCUUAUGAAUCUGAUUGCUACAGUAUUUGUGUUUGCUGUAGUUAUAUAUUUUCAGGUAGGUGAAGUCUGCUGUGUACAUCUUACUACAGAACUAUUAUUUUUCCCUCACAGAAGGAUCCGUGGUCUAAGCAUCCUAAACAGCCCUAAAGGAUCUGUGAAUAGCUCACCAGGCACCAGAACGUUCACUGUAGCAUUUGUGUCAGGAGGAAGGCCACAUUUCAAGUUUGCAAACAACUUUUGUUAGGAUAAAUUUUAUUGUAAAUUAGUUUGAGAAAAUACAGUGGUACCUCGGGUUAAGUACUUAAUUUGUUCCGGAGGUCCGUUCUUAACCUGAAACUGUUCUUUUUUUUUUUUUUUAAUAAUUUUUUAUUAAGAUUUUAAACAAAGAAGAAAGAAAAACAUCACAGACAAAAAAACAAUACAAAAUUUAACAAUAAAAAAACAAAACAUAACAAUUAAAAACAAACUCUCUUUUCCGUUCCCAAUUUUAUAUUACUUAUUUUCUAGACUUCCUCAUACCUCCCUCUUUUGUAUUCCAAUCUACAUUAUUUGUCCAGCAGUUUCUUUUCCACUUUUUUAAACCCAAUCUUUAAUUUAAUAAAAUAUUAAAAUAUAUAGCUUCAACUUUUUUAAACAUAAUCCUUAUUCUUAAUGUCAUAUACCUUUAAAUUUUUCCCAUCUAUCCUUAACUUUAACCUGUAUAGCUGGAAACCAUUUAUUUUCAAUCCAACAUCACUCUAACAUUCCUUAAUUUUGCAAUGUUUCUGAAGAUAGUCUUUGAAUUUCUUCCAAUCUUCCUCCAUCGACUCUUCUCCCUGGUCACAUAUUCUGCCAGUCAUUUCCGCCAGUUCCAUAUAGUCCAUAAGUUUCAUCUGCCAUUCCUCCAGCGUGGGAAGUUCUUGUGUCUUUCAAUACUUUGCGAUGAGUAUUCUUGCUGCUGUUGUUGCAUACAUAAAGAAAGUUCUAUCCUUUUUUAACACCAUUUGGCCGACUAUGCCCAGGAGAAAGGCCUCUGGUUUCUUAAGGAAGGUAUACUUAAAUACCUUUUUUUAAUUCAUUAUAUAUCAUUUCCCAGAAAGCCUUAAUCUUUGGGCACGUCCACCAAAGGUGAAAAAAUGUACCUUCAAUUUCUUUACAUUUCCAACAUUUGUUAUCGGGCAAGUGAUAAAUUUUCGCAAGCUUGACUGGGGUUAUGUACCACCUGUAUAUCAUUUUCAUAAUAUUCUCUCUUAAGGCAUUACAUGCCGUAAAUUUCAUACCAGUGGUCCAUAACUGUUCCCAGUCAGCAAACAUAAUGUUAUGUCCUACGUCCUGUGCCCAUUUAAUCAUAGCCGAUUUUACCGUUUAACCUGAAACUGUUCUUAACCUGAAGCACCACUUUAGCUAAUGGGGCCUCCUGCUGCUGCUGCGCCCCCGGAGCACGAUUUCUGUUCUCAUCCUGAAGCAAAGUUCUUAAUGUGAGGUAAUAUUUCUGGGUUAGUGGAGUCUGUAACCUGAAGCGUCUGUAACCUGAAGCGUAUGUAACCCGAGGUACCACUGUAAUAAAUUUAUCUGGCAUAAAAUAAACAAAUGCUGCAAUCCUUUUCAGCAGCCAAGGCCCCUAGGAGGCUGCAACACUGCCUGGGUGUUUGUGCGAGGCUGUGCUCUCACACUGCUCUGUGGCAUUGCAGGCUAGCCCACUGUUGCUUCUCCUCCCAUCUCUCUCCCACUUUUCUAGUAUUCCAAUUCCUGCUCUUUCCUCAGGCAAUAAGCCUUAUGAAACAUAUUAAACAAAAACAUUAUAGAGAUCCAAAGCAUACACACACAAACACAUCCCCACAAGUAGCUUCUUUUCUCUGUCUUUUAGGAGUUAAAACUCAUAGUAAGCCCAUAAUAAUAGUAAUAGUAAUAAUAAUAAUAUUAAUUCAUCAUUUCUACCCCACCUAUCUGACUGGUUUGCCCCAGCCACUCUGGGCAGCUUCCAGCAUAUAUAAAAACAUAGUAAAACAUUAAACCAGGCAUAGGCAAACUCGGCCCUCCAGAUGUAUUGAAACUACAGUUCCCAUCAUCCCUGACCACUGGUCCUGUUAGCUAGGGAUGAUGGGAGUUGUUGUCUUAAAACAUCUGGAGGGCCGAGUUUGCCUAUACCUGCAUUAAACCUUAAAAAACUUCCCUAAACAGGGCUACCUUCAGAUGUCUUCUAAAAGUCAGAUAGUUCUUUAUUUCCUUGGCAUCUGAUAGGAGGGCGUUCCACAGGGCGGGCACCACUACCAAGAAGGCCCUCUGCCUGGUUCCCUGUAACCUCACUUCUUGCAGUGAGGGAACCAUCAGAAGGCCCUCGGUGCUGGACCUCAGUGUCCAGGCGGAACGAUGGGGGUGGAGACACUCCUUCAGGUAUACUGCGCCGAGGCCGUUUAGGGCUUUAAAAGGUCAGCACCAACACUUUCAUUUGGAGUGGCGUUACAGUAGUUAAAACUGGUGACUAUUUUCUUUUGGAUACUGUAGCUUUGCUUUGUAACUGUCUCUAAAAUAGAGUGCAGCUUGAUUUGACCCAGAUGAAGCUUUGAAGGUUCAUGACCCACUCCUAAGUGCUGAAGCUAAGCAGGUUUGGCCCUGUUGGAUGGGAGGCUGCUCUGAACUCCUUGUAUAGUUAUAAAAUGUGUUGGUGUUGUAAAUAACAGAAUUGUGUGAUGGUUAGCUUUGUUGCUAGAUUCUGAAAAUGUGAGGAACCCCCUGCUGGAGCAAACCACAGGGUUCCAUCUAGUCCAUGUUGCUUCCAUGCACCCCAGUAACAUCUGGCUACACAGAGUGUGAAGAUGACACUCUUCCUUCAUUGUGUGUUCUCUGGUGUCUAGCUUUCAUUAAUCUUUCUAAUCUCCCUUUAAAGCCAUCUGAGCCACUGGGUAUCAGGCAUCCUGUGGAAGUCAGUUCCGUAGAAGUUAAAUAUGCUUUGUGUGAAUGAGUACUUCCUCUUUGUGUGUCUGAACCUACUGCCGAUCCAUUUCAUUUGAAGUUCCACUGUUUGCUAGGAGAAUGCAGAGGGAGAGGAGGGUCAGGAUCUGAAGAGCUGUUGUCAGUAUACUGGGUGCUUGGGCAUACCUAGUGGGACUUGAUUUAAAACAGAAGUGGGGUCUGGUGCCAUGCCACAAACAACUUUUGAGAAGUUUCCUUUGUUCAAAAGCUGGUUCUGAUUGAGACUGAGCAUGGGGAAAGAGGCAUGGGGCAGGCAGAAGAGUCCUUGUAUGUAGCGGCUGAGCUGGGAGGAUUCUCAAUUGUGACAGUGCAAACGGGCAGAAAGAAAGGAGAGGCACAAUUGUGCAUCUAGAGAAGCAAGAGAGCUUAAGAAAAGACAGCGGAGAUUUGAAAUGUGGAGUGGUCUGGAUGGGGAAGGGAUGGAGGACUCAGACAAGGAGUAUGGAGGGUGAAAGAGUGGCCACAGAGAAGUUCUGCUCAUGACAGUUAAUUGCAGAGCAGAGGAAUUGUAUAUUGAUUUGAAAAAACUAGGCAAAACCUUUGCUUCUGGCAUCUAGACUUCAAUGUGCAGGCAUGACCUGAUAAAUCCUUGGACUCAGGAUCACAGAUGGCCAGUUCUGGUUAAUUGUAACAGAAAUGCAAAUAGUCCAGUCCAAAGUUCCAAGCCACUUAACAAUUUCUGUGACUUCUUAGUGAAUGCAUUUCUGAUUUUCUUAUAGCUUAGUGAUUAACUUUUCUUUUUUCCUCCCCAAGGGAUUUCGUGUUGAUCUCCCAAUCAAGUCUGCUCGAUAUCGUGGACAAUACAGUAGCUAUCCUAUCAAACUCUUUUACACCUCCAACAUUCCCAUCAUUCUUCAGUCUGCCUUAGUUUCCAACCUCUAUGUUAUUUCUCAAAUGCUAUCUGUGCGGUUCAGUGGCAACUUCUUGGUAAACUUACUUGGGCAGUGGGCGGUAAGUAUUCACCCAUUCCUAGAAUGCUGCCUUUACAAGUAGCAGUAUGUUAGCUUUUGAUCUGCAAAGGGCACUAAUGCUGCUGGUGUGUUUACUGUUUCCUCUCCAGGACGUCACUGGUGGUGGUCCAGCACGUGCCUACCCUGUUGGAGGCCUCUGCUAUUACCUCUCGCCUCCAGAAUCCAUGGGUGCUAUAUUUGAGGAUCCUGCCCAUGUAAUUGUUUAUAUCAUAUUUAUGUUGGGUUCCUGUGCAUUUUUCUCCAAGACGUGGAUUGAAGUGUCAGGAUCAUCUGCAAAAGAUGUAGGUAUUUUUCAUGACUGUUCUCUAAACCUUUGCUGCUGUUCUUCGCGCAAGGCUAGUUUCUAAUUAUCAGAACACUGCAGCCACCUGAUACACAUGUGUUUCUGCAGGUUGCCAAGCAACUGAAAGAACAGCAGAUGGUGAUGAGAGGCCACAGGGAUACAUCCAUGGUUCAUGAAUUAAACAGGUAAGAGUUGCUGUGAAUUUCCAGUUUACCCACUAAGGAGUAAGAUCAUGGAACCCAACAGGUCUUGCUUCUGAGUAAGCAUGUUUAAGCUUGGACUGUAUGUUGGGGGCAGAACACAGAUGCACUCCAGCUCAAUCCUGCUGCCUCUCUACCUGGCCCCUUGUUGCUGCAGUCACAAUCAUAAAGAAAUAUUGGGCUUUGUGGGUAGAAAUGAUUCAAACUCAGGCUGUUAUUAUCUAGUCUACAGCUUUUUCAGCCUCUCUGGUGAAUCAAGAGGUGUGUUUUCAUUUUCAUGAGUCUAGUUUAACUUAAUGGGGGUUAGGAUUGAAGCCAUAAUGACUUACCUGUGCAGAAGAAUGAGUUCAGCCUGCUAGGCCCACAUUAAAAGUGAUUUCCUCCCACAGGUACAUCCCCACAGCAGCUGCAUUUGGAGGCUUGUGCAUCGGGGCCCUCUCUGUCUUAGCGGACUUCCUUGGUGCCAUUGGCUCAGGCACCGGCAUUCUACUUGCUGUCACCAUUAUUUAUCAAUAUUUUGAGAUAUUUGUCAAAGAACAGGCAGAGGUUGGAGGGGUGGGUGCUUUAUUUUUCUAAAUGUUGAGAUACCAUGUGACGUGUAAGAAAGGUACUCCUGUAUUUUGAUGACAUGCAAUCUUUUAUUCCAGUGAUGCCAGUCCCGCCCUCACCCCCCUUCCAAGUGCUCCUUGCCAUAUUUCUCAUAAUAGGUAUUGCACAAUGCCUGUGUGCAGCUUCUAUUCCAGCUGCCUUAAGAAUAAAGAGUUUACAUGGGUUAAAAAUACAAAAAAAAAUCUCCAUUGUUGCCUGUGAUGCUGGAAAAUAGUGCAUCUGCCUUCCUGUGGAAAUAGUCAAAAGAUGCCCAUUUUGCUAGUAGAGAACACUUUGGACACUCCAUCACGAGGCUUGAAUGUACCUGCACACACUGGCAAAACAGAACCACAACAAUAGAGUUCCAAGUGGCCACAUGUGAGAAUCCCUGAGCUUAUUUUAAAAAGUACAUGCAAUUUCCCCCCUGAAAUAUAUAUUUACAUGAAUUCCUUUUGAUAUACAACUUAAAGAAAUGUGACCUGUUGCAUACCCCAACUCUCCUGGUGUGUGGUCAGUGUCUGAUGCCUUUGCCAUGUUCCCUUGCAAGCACCAUGCUUUGAAGCCAGGGGGGUGAGAAUUUUAACCAUCUCACUUGCAGAUUUGGGAUCUGCGAAGGCACAUGGGAGGAGUAAGGUUGGAAGUCCUUAUCCAAGAUUCCCAGCAGCCAGUAGCAGCCUUCUAAGUGCUGCUUUGCCUUAUUAUAGACCCAUGUGUUCUUUGAAGCAGGGGGAAUCUAUACUGUUGAAACUUCUCCCCUUCUUCUUCCAAAGCCCUAGGUCUUAAAGCAGAGGAAAUUAGCAAGUCAUGCUGAAAAAGAAAUCAUUGUGCUUCUUGGCAGCAGUGUAAGCAGUGUAAACAUUAGACAAUAAACUUAUUUAAUUAAAAUGUUGCUUUAUUUGUUGUGUAAGAUGCUUUACUUACUAGACUUUCAACUUUCCCUUUAAACUCAAGGGACUUAACAUUGGCUGGAUGAAAAUACUUUUACUAGAGCCUGUAAGGUGGGCCAGUGUUACCUCUCAUUUGGGAUUUAUAAAAACUGUGGCUAAGAGAGAUUAGCUUGUUGAGGACAGCCUUCUUCCCCUUCUACACUAGAGAUUUAUGGGCUCUGGUACUUGUUCUUACUAUGUGCAAAUUGCUUUACCAUGAUUUUUAUUUUGUUAAACUAGUUGGUGUGCCCCCAAGCCAAGAAUUGAUUUUGCUACUCUCAAGGUGUGUAAAAUUACAUUUGGUGUUGCCACAGCCCUCUCACCUUCUGUUUAGUCCAUAAAAGUUUUUAACAGCAGAGUUCUACUAUCCUGGUUUGUAACAGUGCAGUAUCUAUGGCAUGGGAGUCUCUGUGAAGUAAUGAGGAAUGAGUCCUGUACGCUUCUACUGCCAUUCAGCUUUUCUGGACUUGCAGCAGAGUAAACACAGUGUGUGCUCUUGUGUGUGAGCAUGCAGAAAACAGUCUGUACGCGGCUUCUCCUCUAAUCUAAGAAGCUUUAUUUAUGGACAGCAGCAACAAUAAAUCAGCACCUUCGGGAGACAACAUCUUGGAAAUGUAUGUUUAAAUGUUUGGUUCUGGACUUGAACUGUCCAGACUCUGCCAACUUCAGAUAGAGUUGAUUGUCUUCCCAGUGAUGGGCAAACAACAAUCCCCACAGAUUUCUUGGACCAAACAAGUGUAAAACUCUAGUUCCCUGCAGAGUUCUGACAACUCACUGAACUCCGCUUCAGUAGCGGAAAGCACAAUGAGACUUUGCUUUCGGGACUUCCACCCAACUAGAGAUUUCCGAAACUUUAUUACCAUUCCAGACACAGGCUUCCUGUCUUCCAGAUUCGCCCAGUAGGUGAGCUGUGCUUCACCCUCAGCUGACAGCUUGAGGCAGAAAUCUUUGGUAUCCUGCAGGUAUCGCAGCACCCUCUUGAUACCAUUCCAGGCACUCACAUUUGGCUUUGUAGCCUCCCUGCUGAGCAGAUUCACAGCAAAUGCUGUCAGGUCUGCUCCACUGGGAGAGAUACAACAGACUACCCAGAGCUGACUGAAAGAUCUCAGUGUUUUCGAACUCAGCAUGUUCCCCAAGCUUACUGUCUUUCACGUAGCUUGUCUCCAUGGGUGUUCUGACCCCUGCACAUUCAGACAUUUUGAACUUCUCAAGCAACUGCUCAAUCUUGCCUUUCUGACUGAGAGAAGCUUUCGUCCUUGGUUCUAUCAACCUGGACGCCUAGGUAAAUUUUCACUGGACCUAGGUUUUUGAGCUGGAAACGUUUCCCAAACUCUUUGGCAAAACCUUGAACCCGUUUCUUUGUCCUGGCCACGUAGAUUAUGUCAUCUACAAACACCGAUACUAGCUCCUGUGACUCUCCUGACCCUUUCAGGUACAGGCAGCUGUCAGCAAGACUCCUCUUGAAACCCAUGCCCUGCAAGGCUUCAUUCAGACACAUUGCAGUUCCUGGUCGAUUGUUUCAGGCUGUAAAUGGAUUUGUGGAGCUUCCACACUGCAUCUGGCCUAUUGCCCUCAAACCAUGGAGGGAUCAUGUACAGAUCCUCCUUUAGGUCUGAGUUCAAAUAGGCUACAUCCACAUCAAAGUGAUGCACCUGAUGACCUCUCUGUGCAGCAAUGGCUAAGAGCAUAUGCAGAGUUUCACUUCUGGAAGUAGGAGCAUACACUUCAGUGUAAUACAGCCCCUUCCGCUGCGUGAAACCUCUGGCUACUAGCCUAGCCUUGUACAGUGGUACCUCGGGUUACAUACGCUUCAGGUUACAUACGCUUCAGGUUACAGACUCCGAUAACCCAGAAAUAGUGCUUCAGGUUAAGAACUUUGCUUCAGGAUGAGAACAGAAAUCGUGCUCUGGCAGCACGGCAGCAGUGGGAGGCCCCAUUAGCUAAAGUGGUGCUUCAGGUUAAGAACAGUUUCAGGUUAAGUACGGACCUCCAGAACGAAUUAAGUACUUAACCUGAGGUACCACUGUACUGUGGUUCUCCAGUUGCUGUGGGUUUAAUUUUUUUUUUUAAAAAAAUAAUAUUUAUUAAAAGUUUCAGGAUUACAG